CCAUCUGGGAUUCUGGGAUUCUAUGACACAGACACCCAUGGGAGGGGUUCAAGGGCUUCCUGCCCCAUCCUCACCCUCCCCAUCACUGAUUACCCUGAGCUUUGAGGCUAAUGCCCAACACCUGACCAGCUUAUUCUCCUGAGCCUAUUAUCAGCUUAAGGACCAAAGACAUCUGCUCCCCAGAACCCUCCCGCAGAGCUGAAGGAGUCCUCAAGCCUGGAGCAAGAGAGCAAGAGCGCAGUCAACGGCAUCUCCCCUCGGAUGGGUCUCUGAACGUCUGCAGGGCUGACCCCUCGUCCCCAGAGGGCAAAAUGGCUCAGGACAUGACAGAGAAGGAGCUGCUGAAGAUGGAGCUGGAUCAGCUGAAGAAGGAGGUGAAGAACGAGAGGCAAAUGAUCUCCAAGACAGGCAAAGAGCUCAAGGAAUACAUCGAGUCCAUGGCAGGAGAGGACCCGCUGCUGAAAGGAGUCCCCGAGGACAAGAACCCCUUUAAGGAGAAGGGUGGCUGUACGAUAAGCUGACCCCGCUGCUGCUGACACCGCUGGGCACAGGGAUGUUCCCAUUUGCAAGCCAAGACUGUCCAAACCUGCUUUCCCUGUAGUCUGCCCUCAGCACUGGGGAGCCCAGAACCCAAGCGUAGCGCAUCUAAGGGACAGCAAAAGCAGCAAACCAAAGAAGAAAACCCCAUGUCACCCCACUGCCACGGAGAUGAGGUUCAGCAGCCAGCACAGCGCCAGCUUUCGUGUUCUCACAGCUCAGCUGCACUUGGUUUCCUGCAGGCAAAACUUCUGCAUUUUGAGCAGCCAGCAGCACACUGGGCUUGAAUGAAACCACAGAGCUGGGGGUGCUCUCAGGCACCUCCAAGCAGCCCAACACCAGAGCUGAGCCCCACUUGUUGCAGAAGAACCUCCCAGCAGGACCUUGCCCAAGCCAGUUCCUCUCGGCGCAUUAGGCACAGGAGGGGCAAUACCCACUGCUUUGAGGUCAAACCCUCACCCCACGUCUCGGUCUCGCUUCCUCCCCUGGAAACCCCCUGGCAGCCAUGGGAAAGCAAGCCCAGGUCCUGCCUGCGACCAUGGUGGCUCCGAGCUCUGCCUCUGCUUCCCGUCAGCUCCCUGCUGCUGCCACCGCCAGGCCCCAGCGAGGGGCAGAGGGGCUGCAGAGCCUCAUCCCACCAUGUCCCAGCAGCCAUGGGGAUGACUUGGAGCAGCAACUCCUUGGAGCGAGCAAGGCAGGACUCACCAAGCCCUGAGCUAGCAGUGCCAGGCCAUGAUCCUCUUGCUCCCAAGGGCAAAUCUCAUCCCUUGCUUGGUAGAAAACAGCCAGCUUCUGUGUUCUGGAGGGUGAUACUUUGGGGAAGAGUUCUGGGGCUGUUUGGGGUUUUUUCUGAUCAAUUAUAGCUACAUAUUAUCUUUGGGAAAACACCCCAAAACUUGCCCAAUCUUUUUAUUUCAGCUCUUUUUAUUUGCAGCUCUUCUCAUUUCUGAAAGUCCCUCAGGUCCUGUCCCACUUCUGCUUCAUGCUAAUCCACCUCUGAGACCACAGUAGAUCUCAGAGCCCUGCUCUGCUCAGUUACACACAUCCCAUGGCAGAUUCAGACCCAGCAAAGACAACGGCUGCAAACUUAGGGCAGGGGCAAACCUGUUUCAUCCAGCGCUAGGGAAGAGGCGAUGGUGCAGCAAGUACCUGUUGGGAAGCGGGUGUGUGGGUACCACGAUCCUGCUGAGGCUCCAGGAGCACAUGGAAAUGGGUCUGGCCCUCAAUUCAAUGCUGUGCUAGCAGGGAAACUGCUGUUAACCCCACUUGGAGCAGCGUUUUCCUGCCUGCCUGGUCCCAUCCACGACCAGCCCUGCUCAGCACCGUCCAUAGGAUCCCUUCAGCCCCAGGAACGCCCCAGGAUGGGGGUUCCCUGGCAGGGACAGACACUAAGGAAAAGGCCUUUCCUCAGGUGGGGGGGUCCCCACCGCUCCCUGCAGCCACUACCGGCACCCACGCACCUCCCUACCCAAAAAGGACCGAAAUAAGGUGGUUUCGUUCUUUCCUGCAGACGCUAAAUAAACCCGCCAGCUCCGCCACGGCCUCUGUCUUUCUUGCGGCGGAAAAGGGGCAGGGUU